AUGGGGAAGGAGAAGGUGCACAUCAACAUUGUGGUCAUUGGUCAUGUUGACUCCGGAAAGUCAACCACCACGGGGCAUCUGAUCUACAAGCUCGGCGGCAUCGACAAGCGUGUGAUUGAGAGAUUCGAGAAAGAAGCCGCUGAAAUGAACAAGAGGUCGUUCAAGUACGCCUGGGUACUCGACAAGCUCAAGGCCGAGCGCGAGCGUGGCAUCACCAUCGACAUUGCCCUCUGGAAGUUCGAGACCACGAAAUACUACUGCACCGUCAUCGACGCCCCCGGGCAUCGCGACUUCAUCAAGAACAUGAUCACCGGAACUUCUCAGGCGGAUUGUGCAGUCCUCAUCAUCGACUCCACUACCGGCGGCUUCGAAGCUGGCAUCUCCAAGGACGGUCAGACCCGCGAGCAUGCCCUCCUCGCCUUCACUCUCGGCGUCAGGCAGAUGAUCUGCUGCUGCAACAAGGUAACACACUCCUAUCCUCUCCCCCUUUAAACACGACCUUUGUUUCAUUGAUUCAUUCUUUCUUUCUUUCUGCCUGAGAAGAUGGACGCGACGACGCCCAAGUACUCAAAGGCGAGGUACGACGAGAUCGUGAAGGAGGUCUCCUCCUACCUGAAGAAGGUGGGCUACAACCCGGAGAAGAUCCCCUUCGUCCCAAUCUCCGGCUUCGAGGGCGACAACAUGAUCCAGAGGUCUACCAACCUGGACUGGUACAAAGGCCCCACCCUCCUGGACGCCCUGGACAUGAUCCAAGAACCCAAGCGCCCCUCGGACAAGCCCCUCCGCCUUCCCCUGCAAGACGUCUACAAGAUCGGCGGCAUCGGCACAGUCCCCGUGGGCCGCGUCGAGACGGGCGUGCUCAAACCCGGCAUGGUCGUCACCUUCGGCCCCACCGGCCUCACCACCGAAGUCAAGUCCGUGGAGAUGCACCACGAGGCCCUCCAAGAAGCCCUCCCAGGCGACAACGUGGGCUUCAACGUGAAGAACAUCGCCGUGAAGGACCUGAAGCGAGGGUACGUGGCCUCCAACUCCAAGGACGACCCGGCCAAGGAAGCGGCCAACUUCACCGCCCAGGUGAUCAUCAUGAACCACCCGGGGCAGAUCAGCAACGGCUACACGCCAGUGCUUGACUGCCACACCUCCCACAUCGCCGUCAAGUUCGCGGAGAUCCUCACCAAGAUCGACCGCCGCUCCGGCAAGGAGCUGGAGAAGGAGCCCAAGUUCUUGAAGAACGGGGACGCUGGGUUUGUGAAGAUGAUCCCUUCCAAGCCCAUGGUGGUGGAGACCUUCUCCGACUACCCUCCGCUGGGGCGCUUCGCCGUGCGGGACAUGCGCCAGACCGUCGCCGUCGGCGUGAUCAAGAGCGUCGAGAAGAAGGACCCUUCCGGCGCCAAGGUCACCAAGUCCGCCGUUAAGAAAAAGUGA